AUGUCGAUGACAGCGCCAGCCAUCAUUGCAACAUGCAAACAGACUCGCUUUCAACUGCUCGACGAUAAGCCAUCUCGUGAGGUGGAUAUCCAUGGCCUCAAUAUCACAGUCCACACUCCGCCGCAAUCCUCCAGCGAAGUCACGGAGAAGAAAUCCAAGGCAAAACCGAGGUCAAAAACAGACGGCUUUGAGCUCAUAUCUAAUGCAGAUCUGAGACUCAAAGCGGGUGUUCAUUAUGGUCUUGUUGGGAGGAAUGGCAGUGGGAAGUCUACUAUCCUUCGCGCACUAGCAGAAAAGCUCAUCCCAGGCGUCCCCUACUCGACGCGAAUAGCUAUUCUGCAGCAGACAGACGCCGAAAUCGAAGAUGACGAAAUCGAUAACCUUGCAGAAUCAUUGCGAGAGAAUAAAUUCAUGUUAACCGAUGGCGUGAAACAAAGGACCGCGUUGGAGCAAGUCAUGUCAAGCGACACGCUGAGAAACGACGUUCAAAAAACGAUAAGCUUUCUAUCAAGCAGUUUGGAAAAAGAGGAUCCCCUAGCACCCGUCUUUGCCAUCCGGAAGCUCCGACACGAGCAGCUGACGACACAACUAUUCCUGGCACAGAAAAAUGCGACUAUACGAAGUGGCGCGCGAGGAUUGCAGGCUAGGAAGGAGCUUAAGGCUCUUGAGGUUCGAGUAGAUGCGUCUUUGGAAAGGCUGCAACAAGAUCAUGCGAGUAUUGAUGCAGAAGCCGUUCAAAGCGAUACGCAAGCUGCAAUCGACUUGUUACAGGAUUACCAGUCCCAGUACGAAACGAUGAAAGUAGUCGACGUUGAAAAACAGGCACAAAAAGCCCUACUUGGCUUGGGCUUCAAAGAAGAAAUGCUGUCGAAACCAUUUGCUACGUUAUCCGGUGGUUGGCGCAUGAGAUGCAUGCUCGCAGGCAUCCUGAUACAAAACCCGGACAUUAUGAUUCUCGACGAACCGACCAAUUUCCUCGACCUACUGGGUGUAAUCUGGCUGGAGAACUAUUUGAAGCAAAUGCGGGAGUCAUCAGGCACGACAUUAGUCUUGGUGUCGCAUGACCGAGCAUUCACCAACGCCGUCUGUGAAGAGAUCAUCAUCCUACGAGACCAGUCCCUUACCUAUUUUAGGGGAAACCUGGCUGCAUACCAGGAACAUUUCGAAUCGCAAAAGCUGUACUGGGGCAGGAUGAAGGAAGCGCAAGAAAGACAGAUCGCGCAUAUGGAGGCUACGAUUCGCGAGACCACGAAGCUCGGCAAAAAGACCGGAGACGACAAUAAGCUGCGAAUGGCGAAAUCGCGACAGAAAAAGAUCGACGACCGCAUGGGCGUUCAAGUGAGUGCGACGGGGGGACGAUUUAAGUUGAAUCGUGAUCUUGUUGGCUGGCAUGAAACGCGGCGCGCGGAAAUCGAGGUACCAAAGGACGAGAAAGGCAUUGCGAUUCACCUGCCCAGCGCGCCGGAGUUGAGGUUUCCAGGUCCGUUAAUAUCGCUUGAGAAUAUCACUUUCAGAUAUCAUCGUGCCAAGCCUGUUGUGCUCAAUAAUAUCGACCUGGUCAUUCAUUUGGGUGACAGGGUGGGCAUUAUGGGACUCAACGGGAGUGGUAAGUCGACAUUGCUCCAGAUGCUGACUGGGGGAAUCGCGGAGCCCACUGUGGGUAAAAUCACACGCCAUCCACGUUUGAAGAUUGGUUACUACGCUCAGAACUCAGUGGGGGACCUUCAGAAAGAGGGACGCGCAAGUCCGACGUUGACGGCGCUGAGGUAUCUGUCGCGAGAAGUCAACGGGCAACUUACAGAAGGCGAGAUUAGAGGUCUGCUAGGAUCUGUAGGCCUGCCAGGUCGACUUGCAUCUGAUGUGCCUAUCUUUCGUCUCUCGGGUGGCCAGCUGGUUCGAUUAGCCCUAGCCAACAUUCUCUGGAACCCACCUCAUCUACUUGUUCUAGACGAAAUAUCGACACAUCUCGACUUCCAUACCGUUACGGCUCUUGCAUCGGCUUUGUCGACGUUCGACGGUGCGAUUCUGAUAGUCUCUCACGAUCGUUUCUUGGUGCGGUCCGUGGUCGAAGGGCGACGCGACGUAGAUGCUAAGCUUAAUGACGAUUUUGAAGCUGAAGACGACGAAGACGACAAUGUUGGCGAGUCGCAGAGCCCUAGAAGGAGGACGGUCUACGUGAUGAAAGCAGGAAAGUUGGUUGAACAGGGCGAUGGCGUAACCCAGUUUGAGAAGAGUCUGGAAAAAAGGUCGGAACGCAUUGGCAGUGGCAAGGUGCACUCCCGCCGACAGAACAGCACAAUUGCUUCUGCUGCAAGUGAAGAGCACGCCGCUUCACACGCAAAUAUUGAGCCGCCAUCAUCAUCAUCAUCGUCGUCGUCGUCGUCGUCGUCGCAUACACCCAUCUCCCGCAGAGCAGCGGCUAUCAGAUCUGCAAAACCCUUCUCCGACUUCCUCACCGACACCUUCCACCGACAGCAUGAUUACCUCCGCAUCAGCGUCACCGAAAAAUGCAAUCUGCGCUGCCUCUACUGUAUGCCGGAAGAAGGUGUGCCGCUGUCACCGCCGGCGCAUCUCCUAACAACGCCCGAAAUCGUAUACCUCUCGUCGCUCUUCGUCUCGCAGGGCGUCACGAAGAUCCGACUAACGGGCGGCGAACCGACGGUCCGCAAGGACAUUGUGCCCCUGAUGCAGGCCAUCGGCGACCUACGACUGGAUGGGCUACGGGAGCUGUGUCUGACUACAAACGGAAUAUCGCUGCACCGGAAACUCGACGCAAUGGCCGAAGCUGGCUUGACAGGCGUGAAUCUGAGCUUGGAUACCCUAGACCCAUUUCAGUAUCAAAUCAUGACGCGCCGAAAGGGAUUUGAUGCGGUGAUGAAGAGCAUCAAUCGCAUCCAGGAAAUGAAUGAUAAGCUAGGCGCGGGCAUCAAGCUCAAGAUCAACUGCGUCGUGAUGCGCGGGCUCAACGAGCGUGAGAUUGUGCCGUUUGUCGAGCUGGGUCGAGACAAGGCUAUUGAAGUCCGGUUCAUUGAAUACAUGCCGUUCGACGGCAAUAAGUGGAGCGAACAGAAAAUGGUGCCGUACCAGGAAAUGCUCGCGACUAUUCGCACCAAGUACCCGAACCUGGAGAAAGUGGCCGACCACAAGAACGAUACCAGCAAGACGUAUCGCGUGCCCGGGUUUGCGGGUCAGGUUGGGUUUAUCACUAGCAUGACGCACAAUUUCUGCAAUACAUGUAAUCGGUUACGCAUCACGUCGGAUGGCAAUCUCAAGGUCUGUCUGCAUGGGAAUGCAGAGGUGUCUCUGCGAGAUCUGAUUCGAGAGGAAAACAAUGGAUUACCGAUUGACGAAGAAGCGAUGAAAGCGCUGGAUCUACUUGGAUCGGGACGCCGGGCAGCCCGUAUCUAUGACGAGGGCGAAGGAGCAGUCAACAGCCGCGAACGCCAACUGCUUGAGGUGAUUGGCAUGGCUGUCAAACGCAAAAAGGCGAAGCACGCGGGCAUUGGGCAGCUGGAAAAGUUGAAGAACCGGCCUAUGAUAUUGAUUGGUGGGUGA